AUUCCAAUCCAGCCAGGCACUGGGCACAAGACCUACAAGGCCACAUAAGUAAAGAUCAGUGGGAGCGGGCUAUAGUGACGACCAAAAAACUAAUUAAGUCGGAGGUGCUAUUGGAGCAAUAUAGGAAGACCCUAUAUAGGUGGUACAUGGUCCCCAUUCGCUUACACAAGCUAUACCCAGGUUCACCACCGGAGUGCUGGAGGUGUGGAAAGGGAGAGGGUACAGUACUUCAUAUAUGGUGGCAAUGUGAACUAGUCACCAGCUUCUGGCGCAACAUACACUGCCUGAUUCGAGCAGCAACAGGCACCAAACUCCCCUCCACACCCAUAACAAGUCUCCUACUACACAUGCCAAGCAAUAUACCUAAAGGGAUACAGAAAUUAGCCUUCCACAUCCUCUUGACAGCUCAGAGGGCAAUAGCUAGGUUGUGGAAAUCCCAACGACCACCACUGGUGGCAGAGGUCUGCAGGGACAUUGAUACACAACACCUAUAUGAAACCUGCUACCGAGGGGUCCUUCCCUUGACAGACACAGCAGUUGAAGCAUGGAGGCUGUGGGAAAUGAGGGGAACAGGAGACACACCCGACGGCUAA